AUGGGAAGAGGAGCGGGAGGAACAAGGACUGCUGGGGUCUCGAGGGGAGCUUUAGUUAGAGGAGGUCGUAGUGGACCGACCCAAGCUAGGGGAGCGCCAUCUACUGGUUCGGCGGUGACUCCUCCAGUUACUUGUGGGUACUGUGGUAAAUUCAACCACUCCGAGAAUGAUUGCUGGAGAAAGUCGGGGAAGUGUUUGUUUUGUGGUAGUGCCGAACAUCAGGUCGCGAAUUGUCCGAAAGCGCCAAAAGUGGGAGGUAAUACCCAGAGGCCAGAAAAGUCAAUCUCCAAGCAGACUAGUGCUGGGGGAAGUCGACCGAAAGUGCCAGCUAGGAUCUAUGCAUUGGACUACCAACAGGUACCUGAGGCGACUGAAGUAGUUGAAGGUACAAUUCCAAUCUUUCACCGUUUAGUUAGAGUUUUAAUUGAUCCGAGUGCAACACAUUCUUUUGUAUAUCCUAACUUCAUGAGUGGAAUAGAUUUGAAACCAAUUAAGUUACCAUAUGAUUUGGAAGUUAAAACAUCUACUGGGGAUCAAAAUUUAAUUGCUAACUUGGUGUAUAGAAAUUGUGAAAUCUGUGUUGGGGAACGAAAACUGUUGACCGAUUUGAUAGGCUUAGCAAUUAAGGGGUAUGAUGUGAUUUUAGGGAUGGAUUGGCUAGCCCAUUAUAAUGCCCAGUUGAAUUGUAGGACAAAGAUUGUAGAAUUGGACAUUCCAGGGCAGGCAACCCUAAAAUUGGAUGUAAGGGGUAAAUUGGCUUCGUCUGCACUUAUAUCAGGGAUUCGGGCUAGAAAAUUAUUAAGUAAAGGAGCUCAAGACUACUUGGCCUUUCUAAUCAACACUCCUAGUGAUAAGGUGAAUUUGGAAGACAUGCCUGUAGUAAAAGACUUUCCAGAUGUAUUUCCUGAAGAGUUAGAGAAUUUCCCCCGGAACGGGAUAUAG